UAACCCACACAUCAAAAGUCAACUAAAUCAAUACCCAAUUCCCAAUUCCCUUUUAUAAACAACUUCUUCAUCUGGGUUUUUACUUCAACUGAAAAAUAAUGGAACCGGAGAAGAAACCACUGGUCGCCGGCGCCGGCGAAGAUGGGUUCGGAGAAUACCAUGAUUUGUUAACAGUAAUGGCCGACAAACUAGAUGCUAACAGUUUUGUGUCGGAAUUGUGUAUGGGUUUUAAGAUGAUGGCUGAUCCGUUAACUGGUUUGAUAACGUCGGAGAGUUUAAGGAAGAAUUCAGUUUAUUUGGGUUUUGAUGAAAUGAUUAGUAAGGAAGAUGCAGAAGGUAUGGUUAGAGAAGGUGAUCUUAACGGAGAUGGGGCGUUAAAUGAGACGGAAUUUUGUAUUCUUAUGGUUAGGCUUAGUCCUGGAAUGAUGGAUCAAGCUGAAGUUUGGAUUGAGAAAGCUCUUGGUCAAGAAACGACGUCGUUGGGCUCAUCUUCUUCUUCUGUGAAUUAAUUAGGUUUAGUGUUUUUUUUUUUUUAAUUCUAUGUGGGUUUUAAUUUCUACUAAAUAUAUAUUAUCCACAUUUUUCA